AGUUUUCUUCCUCAGAUUGUUGGAAGUUUGCAAGGUCUUCAUCGCAAGCCUCGAUUUUUCAUAUGCAAUGGAUCAGCAGAACCAGAGGUAUCAAUCUCAAAGAGCCCUUCCGGAGAGUUCAACAAUCCUUCAGGUGUCCAAAAGUAACAUUUCACCUGGUUUGAAGGAGAAGUUGGGUAUAUACGAAUACGAGAAGCAGAUUAUAAAUUUCAUUAAUACAAAUAGGCCCAGGAAGACUGUUUCUUCUCUACAUCUUCCCCCACCUGAGAUGCACAAUGCACACCUGCUGCAACAACCCAAGAUGGAGCAACAAGAUUCAAAUGAUCAUGUAAUAUAUCUUAAUUUCUUAUCCCCGACUACUGAUACAAGUGGCACUGAUUGGCAAGAGGAGGUCUAUCAAAAGAUCCAAGUCAUGAAGGAGACUUACUUGCCUGAAUUAAGUGAAAUGUUUCAGAAAAUUGAUAAUAAACUCCAGGAGUACGAGUCUGUUCCGCCACAGUCAAAUCCAGAUAAGCUUGAGAAGCUGAAAGUGUUUAGGACCAUGUUGGAGCACCUCAUAACAGUCUUACAGGUUUCCAAAAGUAAUAUUUCACCUGGUUUGAAGGAGAAGUUGGGUUUAUACGAGAAGCAGAUCAUAAAUUUCAUUAAUACAAAUAGACCCAGGAAGACUGUUUCUUCUCUACAUCUUCCCCCACCUGAUAUGCACAAUGCACACCUGCUGCAACAACCUAAGGUGGAGCAACAAGAUCAGAGUGCAUCUAACUUAAUACCUACUCAAGGACAGCAGUCUCAACCUCAUCCAUCACAGCAACAAUAUCUUUCAAAUAUUCAAUCUCAGCUUAUACAUAUACAACAACGACAGUUGAGCAUGCAACAACAGUUAAUCCCACUACUGCAAGAUAUGCAGCAAAGGCACAAAGCAUCGGGUCAGGUAUCGGCAGCCAUAAUUCAACCACGAAAUACAAUGGAGCUGCAAAACCAGUUAUAUCAAUCACAUACAGCCAUUCCGGAGACAUCAUCAACAUCUCUAGAUUCACCUGCCCUGACUGGACAUACAGACAAGAGGCCUAUCAAAAGGUUCAUGGAUAACAACGAUGGGAGUCCUCCUAAUGGUGGAGAGCCUGCAAUGGAUGCAGGAGAUUGGAGGAACAGACUGCAGGCGGAUUCGCGGCAAAGAGUUGUCAAUAAGAUAAUGGAUACAUUGAAGAGGCAUCUUCCUUUCUCCGGUCAAGAGGGAUUGCAUGAACUCAAGAAAAUUGCUGUUAGGUUCGAGGAAAAGAUUUAUACUGCUGCCACAAGUCAGUCAGAUUAUCUACGGAAAAUUUCUCUGAAGAUGCUCACUAUGGAGACCAGGUCUCAGAAAACAAUGGCCGAUUCUUUACAAUCCAACUCUGCUGCAUCUCUAGAUUCACCUGCCCUGACUGGACAUAGAGAGAAGAGGCCUAUCAAAAGGUUCAUGAAGUACAACGAUGGGAGUCCUCCUCAAGGUGGAGAGCCUGCAAUGGAUGUAGGAGAUUGGAGGAGCCAAUUGCAGGCGGAUUCGCGGCAAAGAAUUGUCAAUAAGCUAAUGGAUACAUUGAAGAGGCGUCUUCCUUUCUCCGGUCAAGAGGGAUUGCAUGAACUCAAGAAAAUUGCUGUUAGGUUCGAGGAAAAGAUUUAUACUGCUGCCACAAGUCAGUCAGAUUAUCUACAGAAAAUUUCUCUGAAGAUGCUCACUAUGGAGACCAAGUCUCAGACCAAAAUGGCCAAUUCUUUACAAUCCAACUCUGCUGGGUCUUCUGGUAUGCAACCUCAAGUCACCAAUCAAGGACAACUCUUAUCAGAGAACAUUCAAAGUAACAUUCCACCUGCUGGAGUUCAAAAUUCUGCUGGCUUAUCAUCUGCACUACCCCCUACCUCUGGGCUCAGCUUAUCAUCUGUACUAGCUCCUACCCCGGCACUAAAUACGUCUGCCUUAUUAUCUGCGCUACCCCCUGCCCCUCGUAGAAAUAUGCCUGCCAGCUUAUCAUCUGCGUUACCUUCUCCACAGGACGUGAACAUUUCUAGUUCAUCAUUUGAACUAUUUCCUAUCUGCGGUCUAGUUCCCUCGAAGAAGGACGCAGUCCAGUCAGAUUGGAAGGCUCAUAGCAAGAUUUGCAGGGCUAGUGAGUAUAGAUGUGACUGUGGCACACUCUUUUCCAGGAAUGAUAGCUUCAUAACUCAUAGAGCUUUCUGUGAUGCAUUGGCCGCUGAAGAAAGUGCAAGGUUUGGUUCAACUUCAACAGCCACCAACAUUAAUAUUCCGAGCUUCAUGUCGGACUCAUCUUCUGCUUUACCUCCUGCCUUCAGUCAAGACUUAUUGACUAAUUAUCAUAGGCAAAUGCAAGGACAGCAACAGCAGCAAUCAGGGUAUUCACAGCAGCGGAUUUCUCAGCAACGGAUACAACAAGAACUUAUCCGAAAUAUCCAACAGCAACAAGAGCAGCAGCAGAUGCUAUUACAAAAAACACCAUUGUCAUCUUCUCAGCAAUCUCAUGUACAAUCAGCAUCUUCUGCAGUGGAAUCUUUUCUCUGUAGGCUUCAGCAGAAUCAACAAUUAGCUAUUUCCCAGUUGACACAACCCAUGCUUCAGCAAACAGCAAUGCCACAACAGCAAAUAUUGCCGCCACAGCAUCAACAGCAGCAGUUAACAGCAUCUCUGGAUUCCACGGCCCAGAUUCAAGAUAAAAAUGGAGCUGAUUGGCAAGAGGAGGUCUAUCAAAAGAUCAAAGUCAUGAAGGAUAUGUACUACCCCGAACUAAGUGAAAUGUACCAAAAAAUUGCUACUAAACUUCAUCGGCACGACUCCCUUCCACAACAGCCAAAGUCAGAUCAGCUUGAGAAGCUGAAGAUGUUUAAGACCAUGCUGGAGCGCCUGAUAACAGUCUUACAAAUUUCCAAAAAUAACAUAACACCUGGUUUGAAGGAGAAGUUGGGUUUAUACGAGAAGCAGAUAAUAAAUUUUAUUAAUACAAAUAGAGCCAGGAAGCCUGUUUCUUCUCUGCCGCCAGGGCAGCUCCCCCCACCGCAUAUGCAGUCCAUGCAGCAGUCACAAUCCCAGAUUACUCAAGUGCAAUCUCAUGAAAAUCAGAUGAACCCACAAUUGCAAUCCCUGAACUUGCAAGGUUCUGUGCCAACAAUGCAGCAGAACAAUAUGACGGGCUUGCAGCAAAAUUCUAUGUCCUCUCUAUCCGGGGUUUCAACAGCACAGCAAAACAUGAUGAAUCCGUUGCAGCCAAGUUCCAAUAUGGAUCCAGGACAAAGAACUGCACUGAACUCACUGCAGCAGGUCCCUGUGGGCUCUAUCCAACAGACCCCUGUCAGUGCUCCCCAACAAGCUAACAUGAAUGCCUUAUCAUCACAGAACGGGAUUAACAUGCUGCAGACCAACAUUAAUCCCCUUCAGUCAAAUUCUGGUAUGCUUCAUAGCCAACAUCUGAAACAGCAGGAACAGCAAUUGUAUCAGAAUCAACUCAAGCAACAAUAUCAACAACGACAGAUGCAGCAGCAGCAGUUGAUGCAGAAGCAGCAGAUAUUUCAACAACAACAACAGCAAGAGCUACAGCAGCUGCUGCCUGGACAGUUGGAACCCCAGCUUCACCAAAUCAGUGUUGUUAAUGACAUGAACAUGAAUCACUUGUCAUCAUCAAAGAGUGGGAGUAAUAUGCUGCAGGAAAGCACUGAUUCCCUCAAGUCAAACUCUGGUAUGCUUGAUAACCAGCGUCAGAAGCAAGAAACUUCCUCUGUGAACCUCAAGCAACUGUAUCAACAGCUACAGAUGCAGCAGCAAUGGAUGCAGAAACUGCAGAUGCUUCAAGAAAAGCAACAGCAGCAGAUACAGCAACUACAGCAACAAGCAAAGCAGCGGCUGCAUCUUAUUUAUUUCAUCUAUCUCAUCUUUCUCGUUAUUCUAUACAUUGCUGCUGUUUUCGGGAAAGGCUAUUGGAUUUAAUCAGGCUUUGUUCUCCCCUACCUACUAUCUGCUCUGUGUAAUUCUGUAGCUCUAAGCUUGUUGUGAUAUGAUAUUUCUCUGCGAGAACUUCUUUUAAUUGUGAUAUUUCUUUUCAGAACUAUUUGUAUGUUCUACCUAAAUGCCUUCAUGGUCAGUUAUUUGCUAGCUGUAAGCAUUGAAUA